CUCCCCGCUCCAGCCCUAAAGCCGAUGCCGCCGCUGGACAAACAGCUGCCCGGGCCGGGGGCGUAGCGGUGGGCGCUGCCAGCACCGCUUCCGAGGAGGCGGGCGCCCGCCGCCCACCGGCCGCGGAUCAGGAGACCCGAGGGCCAGCCCAGCAGAGCUGCCGCUGCUUCCCGCCCCAUCAGGCGAGGGGCAGGAGACCCACCCCGACUGCCGAGCCGCGCCCCGCCCGCCCCAGCCGGCAGGCGAACCGGGCCGCCGCCGCGCACCAUGAAGAUCAAGGAUGCCAAGAAGCCGUCUUUUCCGUGGUUUGGCAUGGACAUUGGGGGAACUUUGGUGAAACUUGCCUAUUUUGAACCUAUUGAUAUCACUGCAGAGGAAGAGCAGGAGGAAGUUGAAAGCUUGAAGAGCAUUCGCAAAUACCUGACUUCCAAUGUAGCCUAUGGAUCCACUGGCAUUCGAGAUGUCCACCUUGAGCUGAAAGACUUAACAAUUUUUGCUCGAAGAGGAAACCUGCACUUUAUUCGAUUCCCAACUUAUGAUUUGCCUACUUUUAUCCAAAUGGGAAGAAAUAAAAACUUUUCAACACUGCAUACGGUGCUCUGUGCCACUGGUGGUGGUGCUUACAAGUUUGAAGAAGACUUUCGCACAAUUGGAAACCUCCAGCUGCACAAACUGGAUGAGCUUGACUGCCUUGUCAAAGGCUUACUGUACAUAGACUCUGUCAGUUUCAAUGGCCAGGCAGAGUGCUAUUAUUUUGAAAAUGCCUCAGAUCCUGAGAGAUGCCAAAAGAUGCCUUUUAACCUGGAUGAUCCGUACCCAUUGCUGGUUGUUAACAUUGGUUCAGGAGUCAGCAUUUUAUCAGUCCAUUCCAAAGACAACUAUAAAAGAGUAACUGGAACAAGUCUAGGUGGAGGGACCUUUCUUGGUCUAUGCAGUUUGUUGACAGGCUGUGAAAGUUUUGAGGAAGCUCUGGAAAUGGCAUCUAAAGGAGACAGCACACAUGCUGACAAGCUGGUUCGAGACAUUUAUGGAGGAGACUAUGAAAGAUUUGGCUUGCCAGGAUGGGCUGUAGCAUCAAGUUUUGGGAAUAUGAUCUACAAAGAGAAGAGAGAGUCUGUUAGUAAAGAAGAUCUUGCAAGAGCCAUAUUGGUCACCAUCACCAAUAACAUUGGGUCUAUUGCCCGGAUGUGUGCAGUAAAUGAGAAAAUAAACAGAGUUGUGUUUGUUGGCAAUUUUUUACGUGUGAAUACUUUGUCAAUGAAGCUUCUUGCGUAUGCACUGGAUUACUGGUCAAAAGGCCAGCUGAAGGCCUUGUUCCUAGAACAUGAGGGAUACUUUGGAGCUGUUGGUGCUCUUCUUGGGCUGCCAAAUUUCAGUUGAGAUACCAGAUGUCACUACACUGAACUAUUUUCUGCCUGAAUGACACUUGUUUAUGGCUGUGGGAACUAAAUCUGGGGAGGGAGAAGAAAAUAGCAGAUUUUCUGUAACCAUUCUCAAAGUGAUUAGCUACUGAACAUUGCCAUUAUAAGGAAGAGGGUUUCAAGUCUGUUGGGCAUUGAAAAAUGAACUGUUCAGGGAUAUCGUUUAUGUUGUGUGGCACAUGUAGCCAAUAUUAAACUUUUUGAUAUGCAGUACAUCCUCUGAAACAAGCUUCCAAAAGAAGGAAUGGCCAGACCUUUAAGUGUUCAAUGUGGAAAGACUGCAAUUUUACACCUGAGGCUCAAGGCCCAUCAGAUUGGUAGAAUGAAAAAUUAUUUGCAUUAGUCAUACUGUAUUAUGAGCACAAUUUCUUGUGUGUGCUUACAGAAAACAACUUGAAAAUCAGUAAGGUACUGUCUGCAAGAUGAGGAAAAUGUAGACAAUUGCUUCCCACAGUGAGAAUAGUCAUUAUUUUAUGUGGGAAGAAUAGAAACACAAAAAAUCGGCCAAAGUAGCAGAUUAAGCAGUGAAGAUGUUCACUUGCCCUUUUUAUUUAUUUUACAAUGCUGCAGAUACUUUGGAAGGUUCCUCUGUCUUUGGGUAAAUUGGGAAACUAUUGUCAUGAUUAAUGAAGGCAUAUUUCAGGGUUGGGGUUUAUUUAGAUUUUGGGUUCAUUUGUUGGGUUGGGUUUUUUUGAGGACAUGACUACCAAAAUGCCUCCUGGUUGUCUUUUAGUGUCUCUCUUACAAAUUCUGAUAUUGUUUGUACAAGUGGCACAAAGCCCUAGGGAAAUGAAGAAAUCCUUCUAGAAUAGACUAAAUACAAUUCCAAUGCUUUGGCUCAUUUCUGUGAAGAUUUGGAAAAAUUUUUGCCCCGUCCUACUA